AGCACGCGUGAGAGCGGCGGUUCGUGAAAGGGGGACAAAAAUGACACAACGGUCGGAAUAAUGGCAAAGUUUAAGAUGAAAGCCCACCGUCACUGGUUGCUUUUUGUUUUGUUUCUUCCUUUAUCAAGUGUUUUAUGUUUCAGUGAGCUGUCCUUCAUCACAGAGCCCAGUGAUGUUACUGCACUACCAAAGGACUCUGCUGUCUUGGACUGUCAGGCUCAUGGGCAGCCUCCAGUCACCAUCAAGUGGCUAAAGAAUGGAGUCCGACUGGCAGAAAGUGAGCACAUCCAGUUUCUGCCAAAUGGCUCCUUGUACAUACCAAAGAUAAAACAUACCAAGGAGGAAUCAGAUGAGGGAUUCUACCAGUGCCUCUCCCAAAACAAAUAUGGAGCUAUCCUAAGCCAAAGAUCACGUCUGACUAUCGCAAGUAUCUCAGAGUUUGUGUUGCAUCCUGUGCCUAUGGUGGUGACUGAGGGCUCAGUGGCACGAUUCUCCUGUGCAGUCACCUCCAGCCCUCCUGCUACCAUCACUUGGGAGUUCAACCAAAGCACAUUACCACUGCAGACAGAGAGGAUGACAGUUCUGCCCAACGGAGUCCUUCAGAUUCAUAAUGUACAACUGGAAGAUGCUGGACUUUAUCGGUGUGUGGCAACUAACAUUGGUAGCUGUUUGAAGAGCAGAGAGGCCAAGCUGAUGGUCAACCAAGGUGAUGGCCGGAAACCACGUCAAAGGCCCCUAAUCAUAGCUGGACCUCAGAAUGUUACAGUUUCUCUUCACCAGACUGUUGUAUUGGAGUGUGUGGCAAUGGGAAACCCACGGCCCAUCAUCUCCUGGAGCCGUGCUGACAGUAAACCCAUUGAUGUGUACAAUGCCAAAGUGCUUGGCAAUGGAAAUCUUGUUAUUACCGAUGUCAGUUCCAAGCACAGUGGGAUCUACCUCUGCAGGGCCACCACUCCUGGAACACGCAACUUCACAAUUGCUGCAGCUAACCUCACAGUUCUAGUGCCACCGUCCAUUGUUGAGAGGCCUGAGAGCCAGACCCGUCCAAGAGCAGGGACUGCCCGCUUUAUGUGCCAAGCAGAAGGAGUUCCCCCACCACGCAUCAGCUGGCUUAAGAAUGGACAAGAGGUUCACUUAAAUGGAAGGAUUAAGAUGUACAACAGUAAAUUGGUGAUCACCCAGAUCAUCCCUGAGGAUGAUGCCAUCUAUCAGUGCAUGGCAGAGAGUGAACAGGGUUCUGUGCUAUCAUUGGCACGCCUUAUUGUGGUCAUGUCUGAGGACAGGCCCAGUGCACCAAGAAACAUCCAUGCUGAGACCAUCUCCAGCUCUGCUAUCUUACUGGCAUGGGAGAGACCUCUCUACAAUGCAGACAAAGUCAUUGCCUACUCCAUCCAUUAUAUGAAGGCUGAAGGUCUAAACAACGAAGAAUACCAAAUUGUUAUUGGGAAUGACACAACUAGUUACAUCAUUGAUGACCUUGAACCAGCUCGGAAUUACAGCUUUUAUGUUGUGGCCUAUAUGCCAAUGGGAGCCAGUCGUAUGUCAGACCAAGUCAGUCAACAUACCCUGGAGGAUGUGCCUUUGCGUACCCCAGAGCUCAGUUUGACUAGCCACAGCUCCACAGAUAUACAGGUGAGCUGGCAGCAGCUGCCCCCCAAGGUGAGCCGAGGCCGGGUGUCUGCAUACAGACUGUCUUAUCGUACAGCUGCAGACAGCACUGUCAACUCUGUGGAGAUACCUCAGAACAGUACCAAGUAUCUGCUGGAGGGCCUGCAGCCUGACACGAUCUACCUCCUCCGCAUGGCUGUAGCCACCCGUGUGGGCUGGUGUGAGCCUUCUGCAUGGAGCUCACAUCGAACACCAAAGACCUCCAGCAGUAAAGUGCCUUCAGCGCCUAUUCUUCAACUUGAACCACUGAACUGCACCUCUAUUGUGGCACGCUGGCAAAGUUCCUCAGAACCUGUGGCUGCCCAGGGUUACAGGCUAUGUUACCAUGAGGAGGGUCAACCAGAGCAGCCCAUCAUCCAGCUGCAGGCUCAAACCUAUACCCACACCAUUAGUGGCCUUGAUCCAAGAAGAAAAUAUCAUGUCAAGAUUUUGGCUGUCAGUGACGCCGGAGAAGGGUAUCAAACUGACCAGACAGUUAGUACUCCAGGAUGUGUGUCUGCAAGAGAACAACCUGCAGCAUCUCCUCCACCACCGGACCAUGUGACUGUCUUGGGUAACAACUCAUCAUCAGUGUCUCUCCGCUGGGGCCGUCCUGCUUUCCCCUCCGGAAAGACGGUUAGCUAUACAGUCCGUUGUACACCUGUGGGAACCCACAAUGCCUCUGCUAUACGCUACAUACAAGUCACGAAACAAAGUGUGAUCAUUCAGAAUUUGUUUCCAAACACUCGCUAUGAGUUUGUUGUGCGUCUUCACGUGGACCAAAUGUCAAGCCCUUGGAGUUCUGUUGUCUACCAUCGGACCCUUCCAGCAGCACCUGGCCAGCCACCUGCAGGAUUGAGAGUAACUUUGAUUGAAGAUGACACUGCUCUGGUGUCCUGGAGGGAGCCUACAGAGGCCAGUGUUGUGGUUACACACUAUACCAUCCUGUAUGCUUCGCAGAAAGCCUGGUUGUCAGGACACUGGCAAAUAAUGCAGAGAGAGGGAACUCAUACAAUGGCCCUGCUGGAGAAAUUGGAGCCAGGGAAUGUCUACCUGGUAAAAAUCUGUGCCUCUAACCAGGUAGGAGAUGGGCCUUUCUCUGACAUUGUGGAGCUGCCGCUAAAGCGUGGAAGUACAUACCGGAGCAAGAACCCCAGACACUCUGACAGCUACCCAGACACUACAGUAUUAUCUGAUGGUCUCUACCACAUCGACCAGAGGUCCAUGACAGGGAUCAUUGUUGGUGUGAGCAUCGCGUUGGCUUGUAUUGUUAUGUGUGCCUUGAUCCUCAUCAGUAAGGGCAGACCAAGAAAAUCCUCAGGUCACAAAAUCAUUGCUGUUGGAGUUAAUGAAACUCCCCGUUCUGGUUUGUCCCUGCCUAAUGAGCGCCAUGCAGAGCAUGUUGAGGCCCUUAUACCCAUGAUGCAACAACAUUUUAUAGAUGCCAAGGGUGGAUCUAAUAUGGUUAUAAACAGUGGCGGUCCAGUCAGCAGCAAGAAUCAAAACAAGAGAUGGCUGCUUUUCCAGAGAGAGAUGACGAAUCCAGCUGACAGUGAUCUUGAGAGCAGAGCCAGCUUGUAUGAGUCUGGAAAAACAGUUCUGAGAUAUGAGGAGCAUUUAGGUGCAGCGCCCCUUCCACCUUCAUCCCGGGAGAUCAUCUAUGGACCUUUUCACACAGAGAGCUCCCACACCAGCGAAGGCAGCCAAGAGACAGGAGACUCUGGGCACUACUCCAACGAAGAGAGCAAUGAAGAGAUGAGCAACCCUUCUACUAGCCAAAGCUCCAGACCUGAAUCCUUUGGUUCAGAUGGUCUCGCUGAGCUGAAGCAGUCUUUUCAGAUGGAAAAUGAGGAGAUGCUGAGACAUCCCCUCCAUCACUCCUCCACAACUGAUGACGCUCGACUCUGCUGCACCUCUGAGGGCUCCCAUCAUGCCCCACAUACAUCCCAAGUGGUCGGCUCCUGACAUAUCCCGGCCUAAUCUGCCUCUGACAGCCAAGCCACUUUUACCUCGCUUGCUUCUUGAGCUGGUUAUUUCCUGCAGCACAAGGGAUCAGGAAUUCAGUUGCUGCUCUGGAGGGAAUGUGCUUUUGCUUCGGAUCUACCUCAGGAUUUUGUAUGAAUGUUUGUUAUAACAUUUUUAUUUCCAUUUUUUUUACAACUUUCUACCUUUUUGUCUGUGUUUGGCAUUGUCUGUCCUAAACCAAAGCUCACCCAUGAUGAAUGUUAAAAAGAAUGUCAAAAAUGUACUUUGAUACAUUUUCAUUAUAUUUAAUUCCUUUCCACUGGAGCAGAGGGUGUUUUUAAGCCCUUUGGACUGAUUUAUCUACCUCCAUGUUCUGUUUUUGUACAUACAUGACUACCUCUUUUUCACCACAGACGGUGCAGUAUUAUCUCAAACUCAGGGGACAAGGUGAAAACAUGUCAGUGCCAUGCUUUGUCCAUCCCUGUUGGGAUUUUUUUUUCUUCAGGUCCUCAUAUUUUCAAAUUUUCUCACCUUUUUUCAUGGUUGAAAGAGCUUUUGUUUCACAUGGAAUGAUGUAUGUUGUGGAAAUAAGUGCAUUAGAUAUUGUCAAACUACUUGAGCUUUAUCACAAAAUAUGGUUUGGCAUUUUCAACGCACUAAACUCAAAGCUUUAACUUGGCCUUAAUAUCAAAAAAGGGCUUUGCAUACUUAAGGAGAUGAUCCAAAGAUGGGAAAUAUUGUACCCAAAGAGUUUUGAUAAUACAAAGAUAUUCUAAGGCAACCAAAAAUAUAGUGGAUGUAUAUUGAGGGUGUGUUUGCCAAAAUAUUCUUCUUGCCAAUGAUGUAAAUUUCCCUUAGAAUGGUGGUUUAAAUGCUUUUCUCAGUGUAAAUUUUCUUGAUGCUUUAUUCUGGUGAAAGCUUUAGCACAAGCCUGCCCGGCCUGUGUUCCAUUUGCCUUCUAGACCAUUGCUAAAACGCAGCGGUUAUGCCGAUGCUAUUAUCCAAAGAGUUGUCUGCUUCCUCAGAAGGGUAUGGCUUUUCAUUCAGUUGAUCCUUGGUGCCAAGAGGUGGUAAUUAUUGACACAAGACCAAAGAUCCAGUGUGUCCUGCCAGUGACAGAUGAUAAUAUAUUUAUUCGUUGUACUAAGAAUCAUCUGUUACAGUUCAUCUAUAAAGCUUUACGGGGAGGAAUUCUCUUUCUUUCUCUGUUACUGUUUCUUGUCCAGGUGUGACAAUGAAGGAUUCUGACUAUCAAAAUAUAAGCCCAAUGUGUGAAGAGCAACAUAAUCAAUUUUUAUAUCUUUGUAAUACAAAUAAUCCUAACCAAAGAAACCUUGAAGUCUCUGUUAGUGAUUUUCUUUGGUUUACAUUUACAUUAUUUACAUUUAAAUAUGAUUUCAAAAGUUUUUGAUUUCUAGAAAGGUAUUUUUCCUUUUUUUAAAGCUUGAGAUAUCAUAAACUGUUCUGUAUUUUUUUGAUCACCACAAGAUUUCACCUGAAUGAUACUUAGGUAACAUUGUCUUCUUAGCAUGGUGUUGUGAACAAAAACAUUUACCAGAUUUAAUGUGACAUUUUAGUGAAUUAAUGAGGCCGGUUUCAAGUUCGGAGUUUGUCUGUGUAGUGCAUUAUUAUUAUAAAAGUUAAUUUGAAAGCCACAGAUGACUUUGCUGACUUAACUCAGGUGCCAAAUGUAGAUUUAGAGUGUAGGCUUAACUGUUAUUAUUUAAGUUAUGGUUUUCUGAUAUUUCUGCUUUUGAAUACCAAAAUACACAUUUUAUUCCAAAGAGAGCAACAAAACAAAUUAUUUUAAGUGUUGAAAUGUUGCAGCA